AUGGUUGUCGUCGCGACAACUUCCCCCGACUCUAAACCCCUCGAUGAAUCUCCACUAAAUCAGCUUGGUACGCGGCUCGGCUCAGCAGCUCGAUGUUUGUGCUUCCUCUGGACGCGUCUUCCCGGCCAAUACACGGCGAGUAAACUGGACGUGUUCGAGCGAUUUCGGCUCGAAACUCCGCGCUGGAAGGUGAUUGUUAUCCUGAUCCUCACACCGGCGCCGUGUCUUUUGGCCAAUUUGCUGCUCGAAUCCAUCCCAUUAGCUGACCCAGCCACGGGCUUCCGACACUCGAUCGCGUUCCAGAUCCGCCACUUCUUGGCGAGCGUCAUCCAGACCAUGUUCCCCGCGUUGGUCAAGAAAGAUUGCGUCCCAGACUUCUCCACGGGUUCGUGGAAGUUGGUGGCCGCCUUUGGGGUGAUCCAAGGACUUAUCGCUAUCAGUACGAACGCCAUCAUUUCGCUCUCUACGGGGGUUCACCCCGUUCCAUUCGCGCACUUCACGCCUUCCAUCCCCAUGGGGGUCCCGAAUUGCCCGAAUUUCGAGCGAAAAGCAGCCAAGUGGACUAUCGACUCGGGAUGGAAAUGCUGCCAAUCUUUGUGUACCCGAUUUUCACGGCCUUGUUUAUGA